AGCUGCUGCUGCUCUCUCUCUCAUCUCAUAUUUCUCUGGGAGACUAAGGUGGAGGAGGCAAUGGAUUGUUGCGAAGAAGAAAAUCUACAACCGGAGAUAUCUCUCCAGGAGCACACAAACCAGCCUCAACCAUCUUACUCACAGCCGGAAAAUGACUCAACAAAGCAACCACAGUUCCAACAACCACCACCGAUAGAAAUACCACCAGCAGCAGCAGCGGCAGUAACCGGUAUUCCAGUUCAAAACCCAUUGGAGGCUCAUGGAAACUGGACGACUGGGUUAUUCGACUGCAUGGAAGACCCUGAAAACGCUAUCGAGACCUUUUUCUUCCCCUGCUGUACGUUCGGGGAGGUUGCAGAGAUCGUUGAUGAUGGGGAGACUUCAUGUUGUCUGGCAGCGCUGCUUUAUCUUAUAAUUAUGAAUUGUUCGUUGCCUCCAUGUAUCCUUUCAUGUGGUUUUCGUAGCAUGUUAAGAAAAAAGUUUGGGCUUGUGGAGUCGCCCCUCCCGGACUGGGCUGUCCAUCUCUUUUUCGAGCCGUGUGCCCUCUGCCAGGAAUACAGAGAACUCAAGAAUAGGGGCUUGGACCCUUCACUAGGAUGGAAUAAAAUAAAAAAGCAGCAACAACAACAAGGACAAGUUGCCAUGGCACCUCCCCCAACUCAAACCAUGAAAUCACACGACGAAGUUGUUGAUGAAUGUUGCUGAUGAUGAUCAUAUAAUUAUGAUUUGGUUGGGGUAGUUCUUAUCAUUUAUAAUAUCAUAAAAGCAGAUAUUUGCCUUGAUUUUGAUGCAAGUUGUAAAAGUUAAAUUUGAUCAUAAUGCUAUGUGUGGUAAUUGUAAUGCAAAUAAAUUUGCACUGA